AUGGCCAACCGAACCUUCCAUCCAGCUGACUACAUUAUUUUUGCUGCAAUGUUGAUAAUUUCAGCAGGAAUUGGAGUUUUCCAUGCUUUUUCCGGAGGAAGGCAAUCAACCAACCGCGAGUUCCUAAUGGCAAAUCGUCAGAUGAGAUCUUUGCCGGUGGCACUUUCUGUGUUGGCUAGCUUUUUCUCAGCGUCCACACUUUUAGGAACCCCCGCUGAGAUUUACCAAUACGGGACCCAGUACUGGAUGUCUGUGUUUGGGGCUAUGUUGGCCCCUCUUACUGGAGCACUCCUGUUUGGACCCAUGUUCUUCAAUCUUAAAAUUGUCAGCGUCUUUGAGUAUCUGGAAUUACGAUUCAACUCAAAGUCUGUUCGACUCUUCGGGGCGACAUUGUUUCUAGUGCGAGCUACUCUGGGGAUGGGCAUAGUUCUGUAUGGGCCAUCCACAGCUCUUAGUGCAGUGACCAACUUUCCCGUCUGGGCCAUCAUAUUAAUGGUUGGAGGGGUGUGCACAUUUUACACGACACUGGGAGGAAUGAGAGCUGUAAUAUGGACUGACGUUUUCCAAACCUUAGUCAUGCUUGUUGGUAUGAUUGCUGUUUUCAUACAGGGGUCUAUUCAAAUUGGAGGACUGAGUGAAAUGUGGAAAAUUGCGUACGAUGGUGAUCGAAUUGAGUUCUUUAAUUUCGACACAAAUCCCCAAGUGCGUCAUACCUUCUGGUCUCUAGUUGUUGGAAUUUAUUUCGUAUGGCUUCCACCCUACACUGUCGACCAGCAGAUGGUACAGAGAUUUUCCUCCGCCAAAUCCCUGAAGGACGCCAAAUUUGCCUUACUAUGUAACCUACCAGGCAUGCUCAUUCUUAUUACUCUGUGUUCGUUAGUGGGCGUGGUUUUAUAUGCAAAUUAUGCUACCUGUGACCCACUGAAAAACAAUGACAUUGAAAACGCAAACCAGUUGCUGCCAUAUUUCGUGAUGGAAAUAUUUUCUGAUCUACCUGGCUUACCUGGACUGUUUGUAGCCUGUAUUUUUAGUGGUGCACUGAGUUCAGUGUCUUCCAUGUUGAAUUCCUUGGCGGCAGUCACAUGGGAAGACUUCCUGAAACUUAAACUAGACAAGGUUGAUGAAGCAAUGGCUACAAAAAUUACAAAAGCUCUAGCUGUGGUGUUCGGUUGUUUGGGCGUUGGAAUGGCUUUUGUGGUGGAACAAAUGGGAGGAACAGUACUUCAGGCCUCUCUGACGUUCAACGGUGCUAUAGGCGCUCCUUUAGUCGGUGUGUUCAUUCUUGGAGCAUGUUUUACACGAGCAAACUGGAUUGGUGCACUGGCCGGAGGUAUCCUUGGAUUCAUCUUUCCGAUAUGGCUUGGAAUAGGAAAAUAUGUGAGACAACCGCAGAAUUUUAGACUUCCAACAAACACCAUGAAUUGUUCUGAUGAAAAUAUGACGUCAACGCCAUAUCUCAACACAACAUUGUCCUUCAUGUCAACGACAUCAUCGGCCAUCGAUCUAGAAUUUGCUACAAGUAACGGAACUAUCACCUCAUCUACAGAACUGACUGGUCUAGAUAAAUUGUAUGGAGUGUCCUAUCUAUGGUUUAGUGCCAUAGGCAUCCUUACCGUAGUGGUCAUCGGUCUAGUGGUCAGCUGGGUGACCGGUACAGCAGAAGAAAACGAAGUGGCUGACAAUUUACAACUACAUUUCUGGAGAAGAAUCUAUCAAGCAGUUAUACCUCAUCGCUUUAAAAAUAAAGGCUCUGAAACAGAAGAGGAGAUAACAGGAAUAGGAGGUGAACAUGACAGAGAACUGACAAAGGAUUAUGCCUGUGUUGAUGAUGUCACAACAUCGUUGUAA